CAAUGGACCUUCAGAGCAGACGAAGAAUCCACUGCAACAUGAGACUCACUUGCUCUCUGCUAAUCAUGGGAGUGUUCUGCGUGACACCUGUCCUCUGCUAUAGCCAAAUCGAUCCACUAGCUCUUGGGCGAGCAGAUCCCCAGUGUUGGGAAUCCUCCUCAGCUGUCUUACUGGAGAUGAGGAAGCCUCGCAUUUCUGACUCUGUCAGUGGCUUUUGGGACUUCAUGAUCUUCCUAAAAUCAUCAGAGAACUUGAAACACGGGGCUCUGUUCUGGGACCUGGCUCAGCUCUUCUGGGACAUCUAUGUGGACUGUGUGCUCUCCAGAACCCAUGGCCUAGGGAGAAGGCAGCUAGCAGAAUCUGAAAAGAAGAUCACUACUCUACAUUCUCAGUUCACAGGGAGAAACCAAGGGAUAUUUUCUCAUAUUCAGAGGUUGCCAGUUCUGAAGAAGAAAGACUCAUUUGAAGAUUUAACAACUACCCACGUACAUAAAAGUAGAUCUACAUUACUUGGAAGAAUCACUGGAGACCUAGGGAAAAAGAGGAAAUGAUGCAUUUAGUCCAAGAUCUUGAUUUGUAGAUAUUUUUUAACUACUUCUCUUUAAUUUUGCAUUUUAAUCCUCAUUGAUGUUAAUUUACACGGUGGAAGAAGGCC